AUGUCGGAAUCUACACUCUUUAAACCACUCAAGCUUGGAAACGCUGAGCUUAAGCACCGUGUUACUCUCGCUCCCCUUACCAGAUGCAGAGGAACACCAACCAAGGGAUACUUUGUGCCAAAUGAUUUGAUGGUGGAGUACUAUUCUCAAAGAACCACUCCAGGGGGUCUGCUGAUUACUGAGGCAACUCCUAUUUCCAUCUCGUCCUGCGGUUAUCCUGGCGUUCCUGGUAUUUGGGCUGAGGAUCAGGUUGCAGGAUGGAAAAAAGUCACAGAAGCUGUCCACGCCAAGGGCGGAGUUAUCUGCUGUCAAAUGUGGCAUGUUGGUAGAGCCACCACUGCACUAGAACUUCAUGGUAUUCAGCCUAUUUCCUCGACAUCCACACCACUGAAGGGCACUAGCAUGCAAAACGGUCUGGAGUUCAAGGACCUCCCUCCAAGAAAGAUGCAUGGCGACGACUUCCAGAAUGUUAUCAAUGAUUAUGUCAAUGCUGCCAAAAAUGCUAUUGAUGCUGGAUUCGAUUUUGUUGAGGUGCACUCCGCCAACGGCUACCUGCUGGACCAAUUUCUGAUGGACAAUAUCAACACACGUGAUGACGAAUAUGGAGGAAGUAUUGAGAAACGUGCAAAAUUCCCAUUACAAGUGAUUAAAGCUGUUGUCGACGCGAUUGGUGCCGAAAAGGUUGGCAUUCGUUUCAGUCCUUACGGAAACUUCCAGGACUGCUACGACUCUGACCCUAACUCGCACUGGUCGUACGUUUGUGAGCAGAUUGCUAAAUUCCCGGAGCCAGUCGCUUACGUGCACAUGGUCGACCCAAGAAGCGACUUUGUGGUUCCCGAGGCUGAGAAGCUGAAAAACUUAGAGAAACAGGUGUCCAUCAAACAGCAGUUCAACCUCAAAAUUUUUAGAGACAUUUUGAAGCCUGCUGGUAUCAAAUUCAUCGCAGCAGGUGCCAUUGAUAGAGAAAGGGCUUUAUCGUACACCGAAGACGACGUUGCUGAUCUGAUUGCCUUUGGCCGCUACUUCAUUUCGAACCCAGAUCUGGUUGAAAGAUUGAGACACGACUGGCCACUCAAUAAGUACGAAAGAGACACUUUCUACUGGGCCCCAGACCCUGCACACGGAUACACCGAUUAUAAGUUCUACAAGGAAUAG